AUGUGUCCCUGCCCUCCUGACAGCAUAGUUAAAGCUCCCAUCGUGGCACGCCACUCAGUAUGGUGCUGCUGCACACUGGGAUUCAGCUACUGUAGGCAAAUACAGCCAGGGAGAACAGAGAGGCAUUUGUGUGGGUGUGUGUGACAGUGUAUGAGUGUGUUUGUGUGUUUGUGUGUGAGCUCAACAGCAUCAUGGAUACAGAAUACUCCAAGAGAGUGUACCAAGGCGUUCGAGUGAAGCACACAGUCAAGGACCUGCUGGCGGAGAAGAGAUCCCGACAAACAAACGGGCCCAGAUACAACGGAGGAUCCCCCACUCCGCCGUCUUUUGUGCAAAUGCCAGGGUCUCACAUGCUGCCCAGCUACUACGGCAUGAGGCGCUCCUUCAUCUCGGACUCAGACUUCUGCCCGUCCACUAAGCAGUUCUCCCCUGAUGUGUACUCUCCCACACUUGGUGGUAAACCCCUGGGCUGCGAGCCCUCCUCCAUGAGCAGCUACUCGUCCUUCAUUGACAGCUACUACCCAGAGACCUUCGGGGAUUACCGCAGCGCCGCCGCCUUCUCCAGCUCUGGAAGCUCCUUCCUGCCCUCAUCCGCCCUCUCAUCCCUGCUGCCACCCUUCGGUGGAGAGUCCUCACAUUUAUUUCUGAGAGACUCAUGGGAGCAGUCGGUUCCUGAGCCGGUACCGCAGGUGGAGGCUCUGUGUCAGGACAGUCUGGCCUCCGUCAGCGUGCCGCCCUCCAUGCCCAGCCCAGAACCCCCGGGGAGCCCUUCCCAGUACCGCUCCCCCAGCCGAGGCUCCUCCAUGGGCCCUGUGUCCAGCAGCCAGCCCUACACCUUGCACUCCCUGGAGGAAGCCCACUACCACCCUUUAACCACCAGCAGCACCUACACUGUCCCCCCCAGCUCCUUCCCCUGCCCUUCCUACAUGAGCACCCCCAUCAGCGACCUGGUGUCAAAGAUGGUGACGGACGAGGCGGGUACUAGCCUCCCCCCUAACAGCGAGGCGCACUCCUCCUGGGCCAAAGAGGAUGGAGUGAGCUCCUGGUCGCCAUACGAGAUCAGAAGGGCCUACUGACUGCCGGAGGGUCUCCAUUUAUAACAAGAUGGAGGUUUCACAGACUAUUAAACACUGAACAAGCAUUUGAAGUAACAGAGAAGACUCAAAUAUCUGUAAAAGUGUGAUUUGAAGACAAUUUCAGCCAUGUACAAAGAGAGGAUUCAAGUUUUAUUCGUGAAGUAGCAUAGUUUGACCAAAGUGAAAUGUAAACUUAUUUGUAAACAACUGAAUCAAAAAAAAGCAUGUGUCCUUUUGCUUGAUUUGUAACACACCAUAAGCCUUAAAAUACAAAUAAAACAAUAUAUGUAGUUAACCAAUUUGUGCCAAAACAAUUGGUUUUAGGUUCUCAAUUCUGAUAAAGACACUUUUGGGCGAGUAUCUAAAAGCACAAAUUCAAAAUGUGUGAUCACAUGAAAAAUCCAGCAGCAAAGAAAGAAAUGAAGAAAAGCGCUAACAUUGUGUUUGUUAAAUCCUUUCAUAUACUUUAUUUUUCACUGAACAUGUGUACAUAUCUUUGAUUUUUAACUUAUGAGUUUACAAAUACCAAAAACAAGAUUGUCUUCAUUGUCGUUUUUAAGAUACAGCCAUUUUCUAUGCACAUUAUGUUGAGUCUUUGGGCACAUAGGAAUAAGGUUUUUUUCCAUAAAAUAAAACGAAAGUUGAAACGUCAAUAGCAUUCAGAAUCACCAAAUAAACAACUAAUUUAACUGGUUUAUAACACGCUAUUCCUGACUAUACUGAAGUUGUAAUUACAUGUAUGACAUUUGGUUGGUGUUUAAUUAUGUUUUGGUUGACAACUAUGAUUAAUAAAAGGACAGAGUAUCCUGCGAUAAAAUAUAAUUGAAAAGAUAACAGCGAUAAACACACAAACGCCUCCUUUAAUGCUUCCUCUAAAAACAUUUUUACAAAAAUCCUUUUACACAUUUUCUAACAAUGUACAAAAAAACCUUUAACAUAAAAAUGAUUUGUUCUAAAGAUGUUUUGAUGAAGACAGUCCGCACUGUUACAUACAUAUUUUUGACCUCAUUGUAGAUUUUAAUAUUUCAAUUACUCAAAUGUCAUUAUGGGUUUAACAUAUUAAUAUCAAUAUAGAAUAGAUUGCCUUUAUGGUCAUUAUACAAAAAAUAUACAAUGAUAUAUUUUAGUGCAACCCUGUCACAGUGCGCAAACAAAAACAGACAAACAAUAAAAACACAUCAAUAAUCAUACGAGGGGUGAUAAAUAAUUAAAGGCAAGAAGCUACAAAAAAGCUAUAAAGUGCAUUCAAAAUGAUUUUUUAAAAGUGCAUAUGAGUUGGUUAAGUGCAUAUGAGAUGGCCCAGGGGUAAAAAGUGUUUUUCAGUCUGUUUACGUGUGUUUUAAACUCCUGUAUCUCCUACCAGAAGGCAGGAGAGAGAACAGUGUGUGAUCUGGGUGGGAGUAUUCCUUUGUCUUUGCCCUGCUGAGGCACGGGGAGCUGGAGAUGGCUUCUCUCCGCUAUUUUUAUUACGCUCUUUAAAUCAUAUGUUAAGCACGAAUAAAAAAAGAUUUACAGUGUUGUGA